AUGGAGGAUAGUGGCCGUCACGAGGAGAUUGACGAGACUAAUGAACCACAGAGCGUCGAUUCCGAGCCGGAGCAUUACAGCUGGAAGCGCGCUGACGGACGCGAGCGAGGUCAGAGUCUCGAUGAGGAGGACGAAGAAGAACUCGACAACAACAGCGAAGUCAGUGGCAAGAGAGACGUGUCGACAGUUCGGACACUACCCACGGGUAUCGACGAUCUCCCGCUGUUUGCAGACGAGAAGAACCGCGAGUUGCAUGCGCAGAUUCGCAUCAAGGAGGCACGCUAUGAAGCUGCCAAGCGAGAACUCGCAGAGACUUCGUCUCGUGUCGAGAUCAUGACGGAGCAUCUGAAAAACGUACAGCAGGAACUUCUACAUACCCAAGCAUUGCAUGGCGCUAAACUUAAAGAAGUUGAAAGCGAGGAGCACAUGAGGCAACUAGCAGAGCGUGAAAUAGGCCGAGUGGCUCAAGAAGCCAAAGUCCUCGACGCAGAGGCAGCUGAACUGGAACGCAAGCUUGCAGGUUUACAAGGCUCGUUAUUCAAAGGUAACGAAGCCAUGGACGCCUUUAAGCUGCAGAUGAACUGGAACCAGGACGAAAUGGAGCAGUGGGCAGUGGCAGCACGACAGAAAGAAGAGGAUGCCAUGGCUUUAGAGCGAUACCGACGAGCUGACGAGGCUCGCAUCAAGGAACUGACGCUGGCAUUGGAGAAACUCACUCAGCAGCUGACUCGAGCCAAGCGCGAAGUGGACGAUGAAGCGACCGAGACACAAGCCAAGCAAAUUGAACUAGACAAGACGGCUGAGGAGUUUCGUUCUCUUCACGCAGAGCGUGCGAAGCUUGUGGCGCAAUGGCAAUCGACACUUGAGGCGAUGCGUGCUCGCGACGAAGAGAUCACACAGGCAAGCGAGCAGUUCGCUCUAGCGCAGCGUGGUUUUCUGAGUAAGCAGGAGCUGCUGGGCGAGCAGAAACGUCGACUGAAGCAACAGGAAACAGCGAAUAACGAAGCGCAGGCUCAGCUGGCAGGCAAGGAACGUGCGCAGUCCAAGGCACAGCAAGAGUUACUGCAAACAGGAGCUCGCUUACAAGCCUUCCGUGAUCAAGUGGAGCUUUUGAAGAGUGAGCUUUCCAGUGCCGUGGCUGCGCUAAACCAGCAGCGCUCGAACAAUUCGAACCGCGAUGACCGGUUAGAAGCGAUGAAGCAGGAGCUUGAGGCUGCCAGAGCGCGGUUUAAAGGCACACGCAAGGCGCUGGAACGCUGUCGUGACUCAACGAUGGACGCUGAAGCACUGGCCAAGCAAGCUGAAGCGGAUCUGGCUGACAUGGAGAGCGAAGUGAAGCAUCUGGACAAGGAGAUUUCAAUCCAGAAGGAGCAAAUGUUUCGUAGGAGUCAGCAAUUGUUUGCUCUACGACAGCAAGAAGCGAGUCUGGUAGCAGAGCUCUCAGGAGCGAAAUCUGCAGCACAAAACCUACGCUCCAAGCUGCGAUCACUCGAUGCGCAGGCCUUACGACAACAAGAGCUCGUGUACAACGGCGAGUUCCAGAUCCAACAAAUGGAGCGUAAAGUGGCUCGAGCUAGUGGAGAACGAAGUGCCGAUGAGACGAAGGCGUUGCAGGCCCAGAUCCAAGUGCUACAGAUGGAGUUAGACCGUGUUAAAGCCGAACAAGUCAUGCUUACCGCGCAGUGUAAGAAGCUCGAGGACGAGCGACGAGCUCAGGAACGAUCUCGUAAAGCCCUGAUAGCGCAACAACGAGAGGUGGAGGCUCAGAUAGCCGAGCAUGAGCUGCGCAACGAGAGCUGUGCACAUGCACUCAAGGCGUCACUGAAGAACAAGGAAGAACUGCUGAUACAACACGACCUGCAAGCGCUUGAAGUGCGUCGUCUCCGUGACCUGCUUCACUCUCGUGCUGACGAGGUCUUGUCGCUCGAGAAUCGCGACUUCCAAUUGAAGAAGAGUAUGGAGGAACGUAAGCGUGAGAUUGCAGCACACCAAGAGCUACAGCGAGCAGCUUCUAAAGCGAUUGAAGACGAACGUCACCGUGUGUCUGUGGAGCUGGCAGAUAGAGAGAGUCGUGUUCGUAAACUACAGGCCAAAUUCGAGACACUCUGCAAGAUGGGAGCGUAUGCAGACGGCGGUGAGGAUACUGGAGAGGCGGGGAAGGAGAGGAGUCAAGCGUACUUUGUUAUUCGAGCAGCUCAGCGUCGCGAGGAACUUCAGCGGGAAGGAGACGAACUAGACGACAAGAUCCGAGUAGCCGAGAAAGAUGUACGCGCCCUGAAGAAGACCUUGGUUCAUCUGGAAGAGCGCAACUCGGCGUAUCGUAAAAGUUUCCAUCGCGCUGAUCUUGCUGGUGACGACGCGCAACGUCUUGCUGCUCUGGAGGCACAAGCGAAGAUGGCGGAAGAUACGUUCUUUAAGAAGAAGAAGGAGUUAGCAAGAGUAGAACUGGAUGUGACUAGUGAGACGCAGCGACUUCGUGAAGUGGAGACUCAAAGAGACUUCGCUCGAGCCAACUCCACGCAACUCGAAGGCGCCUUAUCACAAGUGGAGCGGGAGGUGCAGACUGAGAGAGCCAAAUGGGGUAAAGUGGUCAAGAAACUGGAGCGUCAGAUGCGAGAACAUCGGCAAUUCGCUGUGAGUGCCGGAGGGUUCGAUGACGACGGUACUUGGCGUACAAAGGAGCAGGUGAUGCUGGAGGCGCUGGAGUUUAAGGAGAUCGGCGCGAGCUUGCUGUACACGUUGGGGCAAUUAGCCAACGAGUUCCCGGAGAUCGGAGACCCACUGCAGAUGGCUGUACGUGAGGCAGGCAUGCACAUUCCAGCCGUGCCGCCUGGACGAACGGCCGCAGCAAGAGCCGACGGUGGCGGCUUGCCUCGCCCCAUGUCCGCACGCAGUGACAAAAGUGAUCGGUCGGUGCGCAGUGUCGGCAGCAAUGGCUCGUAUCGGAGCAAUGGCUCUACAGUGCGCGUAGCAGCCCCUAUCAGCAAAGUUCAGCUCGGAUUCUGA